ACCAUCUCAUCGAAGAUUUCUGAAUUCCAUCGACUAGCAUUUUCGCAAAUAUCCAUAAAUAUCGUUGUUAUGUAACCUGGAACUAGUGGUGGAGUCGGGAGUUGAAAUUGGGUGUUUUCUUUUUCAGAAUAUAAAUUAUUUCAAUUGGAGAUUUCAUUUUUAAUACCAUAAAUUAAUUUUGUGAUAAUCAAAUAACAGGAAAUGAGUUUUAAUACAGUAACAAAAUACUUGUAUGUCACCUCAAGAUUAUGAGUUUGAUCUCUUGCAUAAAUAAUAUGAGAAUUAUUUUUUUAAUCAAAACGUACUUGUGUUAUGUGAACCCAAACCCCCCUCCCACUCCCACCACCCAUGCCUGGAUCCAAUUUACGGUGAAUCAUCAGUCCAAACCCGCCGACAAGACCGUCUAUGUUCAUUUUGGCCUUCAACUUCGCCGGUGUCCACGAAUCUCAACGCGUAUCACUAGUCUGCAAGUUGCAAACCAAAAUUUUCAUUCUCUCUCAAUUCUUACCAUUCAGUUCAGCACCGCCUCACUAGUUUCCACUUGAAAGAAAGAAAGAAAGAAGGAAGGAAGGAAGGAAGAGCGCCCCACAAACUUCCAAAACCCUCAUUCAACAAAACCACGACAAUAAGCGACCUCAGCCACCAAAUAAACACACCCAUCUAUCUCUAUUCUCUCUUUUCUUUUACGUGUACAAUUCCACAACCACUUUCUUCCUUCUUUCAUCUUUCCCACACAACCAAAAUCAGCCCCACCAAUUUUACCUCCUUAACCCAACAAAAUCUUCCCUUAGCCUCCUUAUCUCAAUUCUCCUCCUCCUUAUCCCUCUCUUUCUCUCUUAAAAUGUUUCCCGUGGUUGUGACCCAGCUGGCGGCGGGCCUCAGCGUGCUGGCCGGAGCAGUAAUGGCGAAAUCCUUGCUUGACGAGAGGCCCAUGUCCGGUCCCUUCCAACAAACCAGGUGCCCAUCUUGCAACGGGUCGGGUCGGGUCACCUGCCUCUGCCAACGAUGGUCCGACGGCGACCUGGGCUGCCAGACCUGCGCCGGGUCCGGCCGGAUGGGUUGCAGUAGCUGUGGCGGGUCGGGGACCGGCCGCCCACUUCCGGUUCAGAUCUCGAUGCGGCCGCCCAACCGCCCGUUUUGACAAAGACUGGUUCCAUCUGAUUUGUUCCAGUCUCUUCCUUUUGGGUGUAAUUUUCUAAUCUUACGAACCAAAUUUGUAUGUAUAAGUGAUUGUGGGUAUAUAGUGGAAUGACGUGAAGAGAUUGGAGAUUUGGUAGCGAUGUACUUCUACUUGACAAUACUUUUUUUUAAACAGUUUUAUGAAUGAAAAUUACUCUCGAUCUCUCUUUGUUUUGUGGGUUGAUGUGAUGAUUAUUCUUUGAUUAUACAUGGACUAAACAAUCCCAAGAUAAUGGAGCUGUUUAAUUUUCACAUAAAAGAUGUGAAUGUAUUACUUGUUAGGUGAAAAUUGUAAUCAAUAAUGCGAAUAAGG